UAACACUGAUAAGGUAAAUAAAUAUUUCGUAAAUAAAUAAAUUAAUAGAUCGCUAGAUUUAUCUAAAUCUGGAGAGAUUCAACUCCCUGCUACUGCUGAAGUGAACGCCGGAUUGUCCUCUCCACAGAUUUGUGACAACGAAUCCAGCGGCCAAACUGACCAAUCAGUCAAACAAAAAACCACGGAACAUGGGCAAACACAGAACUGCGCAGCAAGAUGCCAUAUUCAUCGCAUUUAUGGAGAGACACCCAAUGAUAGCCAAAAACUACCUCAAGGAUGAUAAGCUGGCAGCUGAAGCCGCCUGGAAGCGGCUUUCAAAGGAGUUAAAUAGCGUGGGUCCGCCUGUCAAAGAAGUUUGUGAGUGGAAAAGAGUAUGGAAAGACUGGAAAAGCUGCAUUCGUAAAAAGAUUAACAAUAACAGGCUGGAAGAUUCAAAUGCCUGCGGCAAAGGCUCGCUGUAUCAGGAUACACUCACUGCUCUAGAGGAUGCAGUGGCCGUGAUCUGUGACUUGUAUGAUAAGCCCGACAGAGUAGUCGAAUCUCGUCCAAAGGCACGUCCUGAAAUUUCCAACCGUUUGCAACUGCAGGACAUCAAGACCGACCACGACGAGGUCACAGCCACAGAUGACAAUGAUGAGAAAGAAGAUGACUGCUUCAGCCGGAUCAAUGACAGACAUAUCGGCGUGAAAUUGGAGCGCACUAGCACUUCGCAAACUCCAUCUGCCAAAAAGCGCAAGCUGGUGCAAAAUGAUGUAAAUGAAUUAGAAAUUGAACACGAGAGCACGGUGCCGAUGCUAAUGGACAUUGCAAAGGAGCUGCAGGACAUGAAUAGACAAACUCGCUUGAACGCCCAGCGCACAGAAGCCAAUACGGACGCGCUUUUGGCUCUAGGCACACAGAUCUCAGACCUAAUGCAGCAACAGCUCAAGGAGCGCAAGCGUCUUAAUGCUGUAAUGGAGAAAUUUGUUCACAAAAUGGAAACAACCGACUAACUAGUUCCACUAUUUAUACCCGAUACUCAAAAUG